AUGGGGUGCUGUGAUCAUUUGAUCCUGCUCUUUCUUUCGUCGUCUCAAGCGAGCCGAAGUGUCUCGAGCCCACGACCUCUUUGGCCAGUGCACCCGAUGCUUACUCGACCGGUCAUCGGCGAGAAGGUGCAGAGUCUACUCGACUCAGCCGGCCCUUCUGAAGUGGGCAGACGAGCCGGCCUCGGCCGAGGUGGCGUGCUCUUGAGCAAGUGUGAUUCACCUCGCAGCGGCGCCGAGGCCUUGGCUAAUUGCGAUGAUGGUCUGCCAGCAAGCAUGCCGAAAAAGACCGCUAAAAUGUGCUCUUUCCUUGUCACCCUUGUGCCCCACUCUCCACUUUAUACCGGACAUCAUAUGCUCUUUUGGGGGACAGCAUAA